CUGCUGAUACUUGGAGCCCUUAUCCGAAAAGGUUUGGGCUACUCUGGAGUAAUCGCUGUAUUUCGGACCCAGGGCACCGUGAGCCGCUGCAAUUUUGAAGUCUCCGGUUCCGGCUGCCGGGGUUUGUGAAGGACACGACUGCGUGCGGUGUGUACGCUCCCGGCUUUCCCGGCGAGGCUGCGGGGGCCGCCGGGGCAGGGCGGGCAGGGAGAGCCGGGCACGCAGCCGUGCCCCGGGCAGGGCGUAGGAGCAAUCGGGAAUUCCGCUUCCCCAUUGCGGCGAUGUGCCCCCGAAGCGUGGCUGGGAUCGGCCCCCGCCCUCGGCGGCAGCGUUCUUGUUCGUGAUAAAAGUUAUUUCGGCGUGUGAACCAUUAAGUACAACAGUGCUCUCUCCCUUCCCCUCUGUGCCUUCAGUUUGUUCUGAAAGCUAUCAUUGAACUUGCAUGGAUUUGGAAGUGAAAGGAGUUGCUGCAUCCCCUCGAAGGCAGGUUGAGCUGUCAUUGAGGGGAAAGAAAUGUCAGGGCUGGAGACCAGAUACACGGACUAGUCACAGUCCCCGCCCACCAGAGGUACCAUGCCUAGAUCUAGGGAAGCUGGGAGAUUCUGAUGAAGAGGAUGGGGACUCUUACAUACCGUACAGUGGAAGCUGUCCUCAUACAUGCCAGCUAGAUUCAUCUUCAGAUUGGAGAACGUCAUUACAAACGCCAUGUGCACAGCAUCAACAUGUGUCUAGACAAUUUUGUCAUAACAACAUGGAGAAGACAAGACCAGAAAAUCUGCCAUCCCCAACAGAUGGAUACAAACUGAAGCAUUGUCAGUGUGAACCAGAUAUGAAGGAAGAAUAUGAGCAAUAUCCUCAGAAAAUUGCAGAAAAGAGGAAGGACCACCUCCAGUGUUCAGAUGCUUCAAUAAAGAGUAAACAGCUUGAAGAUGGACAUAAUGAUGAUCUUGUAGCUCUUGAUGAGAAAGCUCUCCUGCAGCAAUGCUACACAAACAAGCCCUAUAAUAUGCAGCACAGUAUAAAGAAAUUGGAAGCUGAGGAUGUUGCUGCAGAGAGGAGAAAACAGGCUGUAGUAGAACAAGUGAUGGUGGAUCAGUUAUGUAGAGCUGUUAUAAGCGACCCUGAGCAGUCUAUGCGUUCUGAUGUUUGCAAGGAAGCUCAAGGACUUCUGGGACUUGGGACAGCACCAGUGCGUUUUAGAAAAAGAAUACUGCAUGAAACGAAAAUAAGGACCAAAUCAGGAUUAACUGAAAACAUGCUCUCUAACAAGCUACGCUUUGAUAGUAGGAUUAUAUCGAGAAAUGGCCGCGAUGCUUGUAGAGAGUUGAUUGGAUUUUUUUUUGCAUAUGACAGAUCCCUCACUGUGUAUGAAUUUCGACAGUUUGGAAGAAACAGAACAAACGCCUUGCCUUUCAUUCGGAAGGGAGUUUAUCAACAUCAGUGUGGGCAAAGGAAGGGAAAAGCGUAUGAUCUUGGUGACCUCUAUGUUGGAGCUAAUCUGACUUUCCGAAGUGUUGAUCAUAACCUUCCAGAAAGCGUUAAGCAGAACCCUGUCUUCACCCUUCGUGUGAUAAGUAUUGAUGAAGCAGCUAUGGAUUUUCUAAAAGCUUCUUCUGUGGAAUUCAAGCAACAAUGUUCCAAGCAAGCGGACAACAAAGUUUUCAAGAAGAUUCAAGGUAUAUUCAGAGGGACACUAAGUAAAAGAGGAGUUCGGGUUAUAACGGGCUUAGGAAAGUAUUUCCGACAAGUAGACAAGAGCAGAAAUGGUUUUCUCUCUCAGGCAGCCUUUAAAGAAGCUCUACGAGUAUUCCAAUUGGAAAUGCCUGAAGGGGACUUCGAAUCUUUAUGGCUUAUUCUUGAUGAUAGCAAGAGUGAUAAGGUCGACUAUGGAGAAUUUACUCGUGCCAUAUUUGGAGAAAUGAAUGAAUAUAGGAAAGCCUUUGUAAGAAAAGCUUAUAUGAAACUAGAUUUCAACAAAACUGGGAGUGUGCCUAUGGUGGAUGUCAGGAAAUGUUACUGUGCAAAGAAACAUCCUCUAGUAUUGGCAGGCAAAGCUGCAGAAGAAGAAAUUAAAUCGUCAUUUCUAGAAACAUUAGGAGAGACCUGCAGCAACCCCACUGAAGUGUCCUAUUCUGAGUUUGAAGAUUACUAUGAAGGAUUAAGUUUUGGAAUCGUGUGUGAUGAUGAUUUUGUUAAUAUCUUAAGGAACUCUUGGGGUAUUUAGAGUGGAAGAUGACAAAAAUGAAGAAGAAACAUUUUCUAAACAAGGAGUAACUAAAUAAGGGAGGAUUUAAUCUUGAUGUGCAUUGCUUUAUAAUUAGUGUGUUAAACUGAUGUCAGGAACUGAAAACUUUAGAUACUUUAAGAAUAAUAUAUGGCAAAUUUCUUGGAGUGUCUGUUCAGCUAUGCUAGCCACUCUGCUAAUAUAAAUACUGUUCGUUUCAUUUCGUUGGAAAUAAUAAAGGCUGUUUCUUAUACCAAAAGCCAUCUUUUUGAUAUUAGAAUAAAGUGGCAUAUUUUAAAAUAACUGGGAAUUAGAAUACUAAAAUGCAUGAAGGUGUAUAUGCAAGAGAAGAUUUUGUUUUAUGAUGCAUUGUGGAAAGUUUUAGGUUCGACUGUAUAAAGUACCAAUGGUAACUUUUCUUCAGAAAGUUUCUUAUAACAUUCUUUGUCUUGUUUCUUGUUUCUUAUGGUAGCACUUAGCUUGAAAGAGAGCAGGUCAUACUUUUCCAGUUUUGAGGGUGUUUGCAGUAGUGAAAGUGCAGAGACGUUCACAGCAACUAACUCCUUGGCUUAUGGACCAUCUUGACUGAUCUUACUUUGUCAUUUUGGUCAGGAAUCCAAAGCUGAGCAUUGAAUCCCAAAGGUUUUAUAAAGCACACAUGAAUUUUAUAAUGGAUAUCUUCCUUUCCUAUAUAUUGCUAAGUGGUUUUCUAAACAAAUAAUUUAUAUUUAAAUACCUGGGUUUUUUAUAUCCCUAGGAUUUUUUUUAACUAAAACUUAGCAAUUAUAUAUUUUGUCGAAUUGACGUAUAGCAUUUAAUAUCUACUCUGAAAGUAUAAAACAGAAAAGUAUUU